AUGAGCUCCAGUAUGUCAAAGUUCACUCCCCCUCAUGACAGUCAAGUCCUUCUGUAUGUAGAUGACAUCCUUUUGGCCUCACCUGAUGAAGCCACCUGUAAGGCAGAUACACUGGCGUUAUUAAAACAUUUGGCUACUGAGGGACACAAGGCCAGCAAAAACAAAUUACAGCUAUGCAAGACAGAGAUAAAAUAUUUGGGCCACAAUCUUAGUGCAGCAGGCCGCACCAUAGUUGAGAGUAGAAAAACAACUAUUCUACAAGCUCCUAAACCACUCACAAAGAAACAAAUGAUGUCAUUUUUAGGCCUAAUAAACUAUUGCAGAGCAUGGGUUCCUAACUACGCUGAAAUAACUCAACCCUUGAGUAAAUUAAUGUAUGAUGGGGACCUGAAGAUGACAUCUUUGAUACAAUGGACACCUGAAGCUGAAAUAGCAUUCUGUGACAUCAAACAAGCCUUAGUGUCCAGCACAGCUUUAGCAUUACCAGACUAUAGUAAGCCAUUUAUUCAGAUGGUGGACUGUAAGGGACAGUUUAUGACCUCUGUCCUUACACAACAGCAUGGAGAAAAACUAAAACCAGUAGCAUAUUAUUCAUCUAAGCUUGGUAGUGUAGCUUGUGCAUUACCCCACUGUGUCAGAGCUGUAAUAGCAGCCUCAAUGGCUGUGGAAAUCAGUGCUACUACAGUACUUUUCCACCCACUCACACUGCGAGUGCCUCAUUCAGUUUCAUUGAUGCUGUUACAGACUAAUAUGACCUUCUUAUCUCCAGCACGACAUUUGUCCUGCAUGUCAACACUGCUGUCGCAACCACAUGUCACUGUGGAAUGAUGCACAAACUUAAAUCCAGCUACUUUAAUUCCUCUGGCAGACGAUGGCGCUAAACAUGACUGUCAGGAGUUAGCAGAACAAACAGCAAAAAGCCGACCUGAUUUGCUAGAUCAACCUCUGCAAACUGGAGAAAUCCUCUUUGUGGAUGGCUCCUCUAAAAAGAAUGAUUGUGGUAAAACUUUAACGGGUUAUGCAGUUGUAACUACUACAACCAUUUUAAAAGCAGCAAAAUUACCAUCAACAUUCUCUGCCCAAGCAGCAGAACUGGUUGCACUUAUUGAAGCUUGCAAAAUCAUGGCUGGAAAAGAAGUCACAAUUUAUACUGAUAGCCAAUAUGCUUUUGCCACUACGCAUACUUUUGCACAAUAUUGGAAAAAUAGAGGCAUGGUAACUUCUACCGGUAAACCUGUGACUCACGCUCAGCUCCUGACAGAACUCUUGGCUGCUGUAAAUCUGCCACAAACGAUAGCUAUUUGCAAAUGUGCUGCCCACACUUCUGGAACAGAUCCAGUCUCGCUGGGGAAUGCAUUUGCAGAUAAAACAGCCAAGGCUGCAGCUGAGGGAGAGAUCUCGGUCUGCACCUUGGAGUACACAGACGCACUUUCUGAUGACGUUCUUAAAACAAUGCAACAACAGAGCCCAAAAACUGAAAUUGAACUCUGGGUUAAACAAGAUGCACAUUUGCAAAAUGGCAUCUAUAUAUGA